CGGCUCUUUUAAGAAGUACGCGCAUGCGCACGGGGCGUGAGCAAACACAGUCCUCGGUUUAAUAAGCCGGCUGCUGAUCUCGCGCCUAGGCGGGUGCGCAGGAGACUCGGACCUCCCACCUCCUUCCUCACCCUCAGAGCAGCCAACUGGCUUUAGUGGAUGGAUCCAGUGGUGACUGGCUUUUGUGGAUGGAUCAGACUUGAAGAGGAGAGACUCUAUGGAGGGCCCAUAACAGCAAGCUCACUAAGCUGGGUUACUGACAUACAGCGUGGAAUUCCUGCCAAAGUGGUAAUGAUUAUACAAAGAGUGGUGUUGAACUCACGUCCUGGUAAAAAUGGUGUGCCAGUGGCAGAAAACUUCCGAAUAGAAGCAGUCCCCCUACCAGAGAAAAUCACAGAUGGACAGGUACAAACUCGAACCCUCUACCUCUCUGUGGACCCUUACAUGCGCUGCCGCAUGAAUGAAGACACAGGUUCUGAUUACCUCUUGCCCUGGCAGUUGUCUGAGGUGGCUGAUGGUGGGGGCAUCGGGGUUGUGGAGGACAGCAAACACGCUAACUUUGCUAAAGGAGAUAUUAUAACUUCUUUCAACUGGCCCUGGCAGACAAAGGUCAUUCUAGAUGGAAGACUCCUCCAAAAGCUUGAUCCACAACUUGUUGAUGGACACCUCUCCUACUUUCUUGGUGCAGCUGGCAUUACUGGGCUGACGUCCUUUCUAGGAAUAAAAGAGAAGGGGCAUGUGUCUCUAGGUGCCAAUCAGACAAUGGUUGUCAGUGGGGCUGCUGGUGCCUGUGGUUCUCUGGCUGGUCAGAUUGGCCGCCUAGAGGGCUGCUCGAGAGUGGUAGGAAUCUGUGGUACAGAUGAGAAGUGCUCCAUUUUGGUCUCAGAAAUGGGGUUUGAUGCGGCUAUCAAUUACAAAAAGGGGAAUGUGGCAGAGCAGCUGCAUGAACUCUGCCCAGCUGGCGUGGAUGUUUACUUUGAUAAUGUUGGUGGAGACAUCAGUGAUGCAGUUAUAAAUCAGAUGAAUCAGAACAGCCAUAUCAUCCUAUGUGGACAGAUUUCCCAGUAUAAUAAAGAUGUACCUUAUCCUCCCCCACUGCCUCCUGCAGUAGAAGAAAUACAGAAAGCAAGGAAUAUCACAAGGGAGAGGUUUCUGGUAUUGAACUAUAUGGACAAACAAGAAGCUAGUAUUCUACAGCUCUGUCAGUGGAUCAAAGAGGGGAAACUGAAGGUCAAAGAGACUGUGGUAAAAGGCCUGGAAAAUAUUGGGGGGGCUUUCCAGUCCAUGAUGACCGGAGGCAACACUGGAAAACAGAUAGUGCUAAUUUCUGAAUAAAAAUCUUUUCCUCUUCAUCCAGCUACAUUUCCCACUGAUGCUGUAGCAACCUGCAUGGAUGGAGGAGAUCAGAGUGCAGGAGGAAAGAGUUGGGAGGAGGGUAGGAGACACCAGGAGGCCAGCCUGUGUGCACAUAGUUGGAAUGCUGGCUGCAGUUACAGCAUCUCUGCAAAUAGUUCUUGUAAUAAAGGGCUAAUUUAGUUUUAGAAACACGGAGAAACAAGUUAUUACCCUGCAUGUGGUGAAUGAAACAGACAUGAGUGAAACUUCCAAAAGAGCACAAAUUGGCUUUAAUGUACAAUAUAUCUUGCUGAAUGGGAAUCCUGAUUCUUAUGGUCAGGACCCAAAUCAAAUGCCCUGUUCCUAUAUAAAUAAACCCCAAUGAAUAAAUGUGACAGCAUGACACCUUAGUCAUCAAGUCCUGACCACCAGUAAGAGAAAUACCAGAAUGUCCCUGCGCGGAAACUGAUAGCAGCUGAGGCUAAAUAGUUAAUGGUCCUGAAAAUUGCACCACUACUGCAUUUUUGUGCAAGAGCUUUUAAUAAAUGCUACUAGUCUUUCUUACUUUGUUAGUGAGUUGAAAUACCCAGUAUCAGUUUUUAAAUGGAAGUGGAAGGCUGUCUUACAUGGUCAUUUCUAUGUAAGAAUUUAGUUUUGGAUACAUUACUGAGUGACUUCCACUUUUUUUUUUUAAGCCAUGGGCUUUUCCCAUUUCUCCCCAUUCUUAAGGAUUUGCCUGUUUCUCCACAAAUCUUCUAAGGUCCCAUAUAUCAAGUAGACUGCCCUACAAAUGAGAAUUUUACAUCUCUCCCUUCAGACCUCAUUAGCAUUGCCCCUAAUUUAGCAACAGGCUUUGCUGCAAAGUCCUUCUUUCUCCUUAAGGCUGAAGAUGGGCUGCUUUCACUGCAUUCCCAAACUGCCAAUAUGGGAUUGAGGAAUUCCACACACAUACACACACACCCCAGUAGCAAGCUGCCCUAUCACCAGUCAUCAGAUACCCUAAUCUAUUCAAAAUUCCUAUUUUAUUCAAAAAAGACUUACACUAAGGAAACUGUCCUUUACAUUUCUGUGGUGUAAUUGUAGGAGAGAGACAACAAUCGCAAUAAAAACCCAAUUG